CAUUAGUCCGGCCCCGCGCACGCCCCCCCGCUGACGUGCUGCUGCGCCACACGGGGACCAGACUCCGAGCAUAGCGGCCGGCGCAGGAUGGGUGCCUCGGAUCAAAUUGGCCACCGGCACUGCACCUUGCCGGACCACAUAAAUACGGGCUGCCUCCCAUCCCUUUAUGACACGUCGUGGUGGUGGUUCGCUCUUCUGAUUAGAUUUUCUGUGGCAAGCAUAGAAGUCUUUCCUUUAUUCGAACCACAGCAGCAUGUCCCAAAACCUCGCAGCUAUCAGGAAGAACGAGUCCAACGGCGUGCUCUCGAACACGCCAUCGUUGAGCAACCUCUACAACUCCACCUCGCAAAAGGGCUCCAACACGACCCUAGCGAUGACCAACUCCGCGGUUUUCAACAACGGCGCUGGCUUCGUGCAGAAGGGCACCAUUGCACACAUCAACAACACACAGCAUGCCAACUCCGGCGCCAAUGGCGACGACCAUCACGGUGCAGAGGACGAGGACGACGAAGACGAGGCCUUUGAGUUGAACUGGAAGCCGCAGGUCUCCUCCGACAGCCACACCUCGGGCUACUACGACAAGGUUUGACGACACUUUCUUUUUUCUAUAUAACGGCGCCAUGUAUAGCAGCAUAUAUUGAGAACACGACACAUUGACACAGGAACAUCUUGCCAAAAAGGAAAGGAAAGGAAAGA